UCAGACUGUUCCACAUUUACUUCUGCGUUUGAGUUACAAAGCGAGAAAAUCCCACCAAUGAAACAUUAACCUAACAUGAAUAGGGAAAUGAAACUGAUGAGCUUCUUCCUUUCACCGGCUACUUCUGCCUGAGUCUUUCUUGUUGUUUCAACCGGCCAAUUUGUUGCUUUUGUUUGACUUGAACAACAGGGCUUUUUCUUUUUUGAGUUAAAAAAACCUAAUUAUAUUGGAAAUGAGGAAGCUGCUAAUUUUCAUGUGAUGAUUUGAUGGAACAGAAGGCAGGCAUCGUUCUUGCAGAUAGUUCAUUUUAAGUUUUUACUGAAAGUGCCCAUUAGUUUCACGGUUGUCAUUCAAGGAUCGAUACAAUACAUACACAAUGAAAGCCACAUGGUGGCUGCAGCUGCUGCUGCUGCUCUGUCUGUAUUGCCAUUGUGAGAUCCAGCCCUUCCAGCCUGCUGCAUGUAAACCUGUGUGGAUGUCACCGCGGUUCCCUUGCGAUGUCACCGCCUGCAACACCUCCGAGGUCAGGUUUGACUGUAGAAGAUUUCAUCUGCACAGAGUGCCCUACGGGAUAACGGGGAACGCAACUGAGCUCAACUUAUCAGAAAAUUACAUUACGAAUAUUUCGCUGCAUUCCUUUUCCAAUCUGCUGAAUCUGACCAAACUCAUUCUGAACUGGGCAAACAAGAACAAAGGACUGCUCAUUGAUGAUGACCUUUUCAAAAAUCUGACCAAACUGAAUCAUCUGGGACUGGCUGGCAACCGUCUGAAGAAAAUCCCCACCAAUCUCCCGCUCAGUGUGGAAAUCCUUGAGCUGAACAAUAACAAGAUUAAACUGGAUAACAUGACCCUCGAUAGCAUACCAAACGUGACAAAACUGUGGUUGUCCAAAAACUGUUACACGUGGAAUCCUUGUAAAAGCAAUGUGACCAUUAAGGAAGGCACUUUUGCAGUUCUGAACAAACUGCAGGUUCUGGAUUUGUCAUUUAACAACUUAACCCACGUUCCCAAAGGAUUACCACCGUCAUUAACGAGGUUACAGCUGGGCUCCAACAAAAUACAGUACAUAUCUGAAGAUGAUUUCGUUGGGCUACAUGAUUUAAAAAUACUACGAAUACAAGGGAACUGUCCAAGGUGUCAAAAUGCACCGUAUCCCUGUGUCCCUUGCCAAAACAUUUCUCUUGGCAUCCAUCCGAAUGCAUUUAACUCUCUAACACGGCUUGAGACACUGCACCUGGGAGGAAACUCGCUGCAACUCCUGGAUCCCUCCUGGUUCAAGAGGCUCAAAAAGCUGAGAGAGUUGUUCCUGUCGUUUAACUUCUUGUUAAAAGCUAUCACUGGGACUGGAACAUUUCUUAGAUACCUGCCCAGGCUAGAAAAGCUCGAUCUCUCUUUCAACUUUGCGCUCAAGCUCUACCCUACAACAUUAAAUCUUUCGCACGAGUUUUCAAAUCUCGUUUCCCUGAGAACUUUGCAUUUGGAGGGUUUGGUCUUCCAGAAUAUUGGACCAGACACACUCAGACCACUGUACGAACUCAGAAAUCUGUCUGCACUCAACUUAGGGACUAACUUCAUCAUUCACUCUGAUUUGACCUUAUUCCACAGAUUCCCUAACCUGAAAAUGUUAUACCUGGCAGAAAACAGGCUGUAUCCCAUUCCAGUGAAAAGUCCCCCAAAGCUGAGUGGUGGACACAAUCAGGUGUCAGACUUUUCCAUUUUGCCCUACAUAAACCCCCACACAAAAGACUUUGCUUAUGAGGUAUCACACAAACUUGUCAAGCAAGAGUGCUUUGACUCUGGCCAAAUGCUAAUCCUCAGCUCAAAUAAUCUGUUCUUCAUUUCUCCAAAGCAGUUUGACGGCUAUGAAAAUAUCGCAUGUCUCAACCUCUCUGGAAACGGAUUUUCAGCAGCACUCAAUGGCACAGAGUUCUCCCUGCUGCCCAACCUGACAUACCUGGACCUGUCAUUCAACAAGAUUGAUCUGGCCUAUGACCACGCCUUCAAAGAGCUGGAGAAACUACAAGUACUAGACCUCAGUUACAAUUCACACUACUUUCAAGCAUACGGGGUAACGCACAAUUUAAAUUUCCUAAAAAAUCUGCCCGCUCUGAGAGUGCUGAAUAUGAGUCACAAUGCCAUUUCCACUUUGACAACAAAACAGUUGUACAGCACAUCUUUGACAGAACUUCAGUUUACAAAUAAUUAUCUUGGAACCCUUUGGAAAGUAAGAGAUGCCACAUACACAAUGCUUUUUACUAAUCUUACUAAUUUGACAUUUUUAGAUAUAUCCCAAAACAAACUUCAAAAUAUUCCCGACGAAGUUUAUGAAUAUUUUCCACGUAACCUCACCAAACUGUGCAUAAGCCGCAACUUGCUCACAGAUUUUAAAUGGGAGGCGCUGAAGUUUUUCCAUCAACUUCAAAUUUUAGAUCUGAGCUUUAACUCUAUAUCUGCCGUGGCUGCUAUAAACUCGAGCAUCACGAAAACUUUGACUUUGCUUGACUUGAGUCACAACCAGAUUUUCCACUUGGACGAUGGAUUUAUUAAGGGUCCGAAAAGCUUCAAGACUCUCAUCCUUAGCUUCAACCUACUGAACACCAUCAAUCAGACUACCUUCCAGACGAGAUCCGAGGAUUCGAUUCAGACCUUGUUCUUGCAGGGAAAUCCGUUCCAGUGUAUCUGUGAUUCAUUCGAUUUCAUUCUGUGGAUUGAAAACAGUCAAAUAAAAAUCCCCAGACUGACCGCUGAGGUGACAUGUGACACACCGGCAAACCAGAAGGAUCAACCGCUGAUAUACUUUGACAUUACCCAGUGUGUAAAUGACAGUCAGGCAUUCCAUGUAUACAUUCUCACAACUUCCUUCAUUAUUGCUUUUAUGUUUGUGGCAACUGUUGCUCACUUAUUUUACUGGGAUGCCUCCUAUGUAUUACACUAUAUGAGAGCAAAGUUGAAAGGAUACAGAUCCUUGAACUCCCCGGACAGCUUUUAUAAUUUGUUCGUGACUUACGACACCAGAGAUCCACACGUCUCUGAGUGGGUGAUGAGAAAUCUCCUGGUGAAACUGGAGGAGGAGGGAGAGAAGCAUAUUCCUCUGUGUCUGGAGGAGAGGGAUUGGACGCCGGGAGUCCCGGUCAUGGACAACCUCACUCACAGCAUCCAAUACAGUAGCAAGACCCUGUUUGUCCUCACGGAGGGCUACGUUAAGACUGGGGUUUUCAAGCUGGCAAUGUAUCUAGCCCACCAGAGACUACUAGACGAAAAUGUGGAUGUGAUCGUUCUGCUGAUGCUGGAGCCCGUCCUGCAGCACUCGCACUUCCUGCGCCUGAGGAGGAGGCUGUGCGGGAGGAGCGUGGUGGAGUGGCCGAGAACAGCGGCCGCAGAGCCCUGGUUUUGGCAAAACCUGAGGAACGUCGUCAGGGUGGACAACCAGGUCAUGUACAACAAGACUUAUUCAAAGUACAUCACAGCAGGUGAAGUACUUUGAGAAGGCAGAAAGUUCAGCGACGACUGUCUUGGGAAUAAUUUAUGAAUUUAUUAUGCAGAGAAACUCCAGACGAGACAACCACAGACAUGUUCUCUUAAGUUUUGCUGAUACGUGUGCAACGGUACUGAAUGUCUUGUAAUUUGUGUACAAAUGUUAAAAUAAAAUCAAUUUGAAAAUA